AAAUGUAUAUAAACCACAAACAAGUGACAUUAAAUACACAUAUAUAUAUAUAUAUAUAUAUAUAUAAAAUUGCAAAAAAAAUAACUCAAAAUGGAGAUAAAAAUUACGAUUGCAGAUUCAAUAUCUGAUCAGAUAAAUUUGUGCUUCGGUUCAUUUUCAUUAUUUUACUCGUCUCAGUAAAAAGUGUUCAGUAAUUUAAAUAAUAAUUAUUUAAAUAAUAAUAAUAAUAAUAAUAAUUAAAAUUAAAUAUGACCUGGUUUUAAAAAUUUCAAAUAAAUUUUUCAAAGCGUAAACAUUUGGAUCCUGACAAGCUCCAGCUUCAGUGCCGUGACAGAAGACAAAAUAAUUUCAAUCUCCGGCAUUUUCAUUUUUUUAAGUAAAAAUUUUUUUUAUUUUCCUCAAAAUUUUCACAAUUCAAAUUACCUGUCUAAUAUUUUUUCGAUUUUUUUUUACACCAUAACCAAAAAAUUUCAAAAAUUCCGCCCAUAGUUUUUGAAAUUUUCUGCCCGCAUAUUUAAAAUUUUUAAAUAAUUAAAUUUCUAAUUUUAAAAAAAAAUGCACAUAUUUGGUCAUAUAUUUGAAACAAUUGAUGAGAAAUUACGUCUAUGGUGAAAGUACGACAAUUCAGUUCACUUUGCAUUUGAAAUGAUUUUUUUUUUAAAUAUGAAGGUUAAGUUUCCAAGAAUUCAUUAAUUAUCAUAAUUAUUAUUAUUAUUAUUAUUAUUUAAAAAAAAAAAAAAAAGUAAAUAAUCGAGGACAAUUUGCUGAGAUAAAAAAAGUGAUGGUGGACAUUGUCCAUGGAAUAUUUAUUGAAUCACUUGUUGAAUCUAAAUGACGAGUAAUGACGUAAUAAAUAAAUAAAUAUAAAUAAUAUCGAACAAUAAAAUAAAAUAAUGGCCGAAGACGAAGGAACUGAGUGGCUGCUGGAGCUGCUGCGUGAUGUUCAACUCUCGCAAUUUUACACCCGCAUACGUGACGAUCUUCAAGUAACGCGACUUCAUCAUUUUGAUUAUGUGCAGUCUGAAGACUUGGAAAAAAUAGGACUCGGUAAGCCGGGGAUACGCCGACUGAUGGACGUCGUCAAAAAAAAACGGGCUGCGCAGAAGAAAAAAAAUUUGAUAACCAAAAUACGACCGGGAAGCAGCGGGAAGACGAGCAAAAGAUCAUCGCAGGCAGUGGAAACUUCUCUGCUGACUUGUCUGAUCCAAGACAAAGACGUCACGUUGUCCGUCAAGUUGGGCGACGGUAGUUUCGGAGUCGUACGUCGCGGCGAGUGGACGUCACCUACUGGUCGGGUGCUUCCUGUUGCUGUGAAAGUUCUCAAAGCAGACGCACUCACUCAGCCGAGUGUCAUCGAAGACUUUGUGUCGGAAGUCCAAGCGAUGCACACUCUGGACCACCACAACCUGAUUCGUCUGUACGGCGUAGUGCUGUCCCAGCCCAUGAUGAUGGUAACGGAGCUGGCCCCCCUCGGCGCGCUGCUUGAUUACCUCCGCAAACAGUGCGGGCACAUCCUGGUGCUGACGAUGUGCGAUUACGCGCUUCAAGUCGCCACUGGAAUGGCCUAUCUGGAAGCCAAACGUUUUCUCCACCGGGAUCUCGCUUGUCGCAACGUCCUGCUGAGCUCCGUUGACAAAAUAAAAAUAGGAGACUUUGGGCUGAUGCGCGCGUUGCCUCAGCAAGAAGACUGUUACGUCAUGACGGAGCACAAAAAAGUGCCUUUCCCCUGGUGCGCACCCGAGUCAUUGAAAUCCCGUCAGUUUAGUCACGCAUCGGAUGUCUGGAUGUUCGGUGUAACUCUCUGGGAAAUGAUGACCUUCGGAGAAGAGCCGUGGGUUGGUUUAAAUGGCUCGGAGAUACUGAGAAAAAUAGACCGCGAGGGUGAACGUCUGUAUGAACCAGAAGCAAGUCCACCAGCAAUUUACCAGCUCAUGUUACGCUGCUGGUCACGUGAUCCCGCUGAAAGACCAAGUUUUUCAUCAUUACGCGAGUCACUGACCGGGAUGGUGCCGCCCGUUAUGAAGGCGCUCAAUCGUUUCGACGAACCGGACAAAAUGAACAUCGAGCAGGGCGACCAGAUCGUUAUUAUUGACGGCAGGCCUGAAAACUACUGGUGGAAGGGACAAAAUCAGCGGACAUUUCAAGUCGCUUUAUUUCCGCGGUGUCUUGUUGACCCGAUGCGUCGCAAGCAGCCUGAGGACAUCAGCAAGCCGCUGGAAAACUCAUUCAUUCAUACGGGACACGGAGCGCCGUUUGGCAAAAGCUGGGGCAGCCCUCAGUUUAUUGACGACGUCUAUCUCCGGAACCCCAUGGAGCCGCCAGAUGUAGUCGGAGUUAUAGACAAGAAAAAAUUUACCCACAGCGCAGCGCGGUCACGCAAGCAGUUUAAUUACACGAGAUUUCAAAAUGAUUUACGUUCUAGUCCAGUUAAAACUUUAAAUACUGCUGCUAAUUCACAAGAAGGCAGUCUGAUUGAUUUAUCGCCCGAAGAAUUGGCACUGAAUGCCACUGGACUGAGAUCAGAGUCCUGUCGCCGGGUCAUUAAUAUUCUAGAUGAGCCGAUUGAUGCAGCGGCUGAACAAGACCAGGAUCCACGGACGUACGAAAAUUUUCCUGGCAAUUCAUCCCAAGAUCCCUUUGACACUUCGAGAGUUUUUUUAAACCAGCCCUCGCGUUACUACAGCCACGUUCCGGACUCCAGUAUCCAGCAGUCCCAGUCCCAGUCCUACAUGAACGUCUCCCAGGACAACAGUCAGUCCCAAUACUCGAGCAAUAAAAUAAAUCAGUACUCAAUAAAUCUCAACAAAGACAUCAGAAGUGAGAACACAAAUUUGAAUGUCAAUUUACCUGACGAUGACGUUCUACCCAGAGAACACUACAGCGAAAUAGACAAGAGUCCCACGAUACCCAGUCCCAGUUGGCCAGAAGAUCUACCAGACCAGCAGUAUGCCAACGUCCGUCCAACUGGACCUGGAACUGGACCUGGACCUGGAACUGGUCUGCCUCCAACGCCUCCGUCCGUGGGACCAAACGAAAGUCCAUCGAAGCCCAAAUCAAACCACGACCUCGCCCAGACCAUGAGCGAGCUGACCAUCGAAACCGCCCAGGCCGAGAACUCGCAGUCGAAAAAACUCGACCCCGCAUUUUUAGCAGAGCUGGAGAAACAUCUCGGAGCUAAAGAAGUCUGCAAAAAUUCAAAUGAUCUUCAAGUGAAAUUGCGUCCGCCCCCGCAAUCUAAACGCUCUCCCCAGUCCAGCUCUGGAGGCUCGAUCGCCAGCGCAAAUUUGCCCGUCAAGGUGCAGAACUCAUGGCCGACUAAGAACGUAAAUGUCAGACCAGUGAGUCAGAGUUACUCCAGCCAGACACUACCCGGUAAUAACGUCUGCGAAACCUCAACGGAAAUGAUCAUCGGCCAAAUGUGGCAGCGCGCCCAGUCACCGCAGCAACAAAUUUACUCCCCGUCAAAUCAAAAUAUUUAUCAGGACCGAGUGUCUGGAUACCAGUCUUCAAAUUUACUUCAAAUAGCACCCGCGCAGAAUAAAUUUGAUAAUUAUCAAAGCACAUCCUCAAAUUUGCGUCAAAAUUAUGCAAGUAAUCAUCAAAACCACAACUACAAUUUGCCUUCUUUGACCCAAGUACAAAAUGACUUACAGCCGACCCGGUCAGCGCCACCUAGACCAUCGAAUGUACCAACGGGCGCUGUGUUGUCGGAAAAAGUUUACGCGGAACUACGCGAAACUGUGCCAAAUUUAGAUAAAUUAUCGCAAAGUGAAUUCAAUACUCUCUACAAUAAGACUGUCCAGCAAAGUAUUCUGAGGAACCAGCAGCAGCAGACGAUAAAUUCAAAUGCUAACAUAAAUAUCAACAACAGUUCUGCUAAUAGCAGCGUUAUGCUGAAUCACAGUCAAACAUUGCCGCGUAAUUACGGUACGCAGGUGCAAGAUCACCCGUUUGAUUUCAGCCCGAGUUUGAAGCAGCCGCCAGUCUACAACCCGCCGCCUGCAUGGAGUCCAAUGAAAGGACAGAAUGGAUUCAAGUCAAAUGUCCAGGCCAAUUUGAUCCAGUUCACACCGACAAGAUCUCCAGGACCUGCUGCUGUCCCAAAUACGGGCACGGCUGCUGGUGGACCGACUAGUGCCCGUAGUUUACUUCCAUUGAUGAACGAGACUGUUGUCAAUACCCAGUUGGCUCCUUCGACAUCAGCGUAUCCUUCUGGUGUCAGUCCUCCAUUGACUGGCGCGUCUCAGCAACUGGUCAUGUCACUUAAUGACGAAUUUCGUGCCAGUAAAGUUAUGAAAGUACAAAAAGAUGCAGGUGACGCUUCGCAGAAAGAGAUAUUGGCAGCACUGCAAGCCACUGGGUGGGACACCAACCAGGCUGCUAAACAAAUACUUAAAGACCGGCAAGCAAAAGUCGAGUCGUUGUCUAGGUUAGGUUUAGCAAGCAGACAACAAUGCGAGGCUGCUUUGAAACAAACGGAGUAUGAUGUGGAAUUAGCGGCUUCUUUCUUAUUGGAUAGUGUGAGAUAAUUAUCGAACAAAAUCAAAUAAUUAUUAACUUAAUUAAUUAAGUUGUUUAAGUAUACAGUAAUCAGCGUGAGGUUUUAAUUAAGGCAUUCUGACCCCUCCACACUUUUUUAAAAACUUGAAUCAACCGUCAAAAUUUUUAUUCUGUUUUUUUAACACGAGUUAUGGAGUUAAAUUGAGUAGCGGCCUGCCAAGCUGGUAGCUGCGCAAAGCGAAAUAUUUAACCUUCAUAUCGUUAAAAUUUUCUCUGCGUGAAGCUACAUCCUGGCAGGCCGCUACUCAAUUAAACUCCGUAUUUUUGCGUUUAAAUCUGCUGGGUAUUUUUUUUAUAUACAGUUUAUUUUCUGAUGUAAAAACUACAGCAGAUUUAGACAGAAAAUUAAGAAGUUAAAUUGAGUAGCUGCCUGCUAAGCUGGUAGCUGCGCGCGGCGAAAUAUUUAACCUUCAAAGAAUAUCGUUAAAAUUUUCUCGGCGUGAAGCUACAUCCUGGUAGGCUGCUACUCAAUCUCAGUAAUUUUUUGUUUAAAUCUGCUGUUUUUUUACAUCAGACAAUAAGUCGUAUAUUUAAAAAGUUCCCGGCGGAUUUAAACAGAAAAUUAAGGAGUUAAAUAGAAUAGCAGCCUGCCAGGGUAGUAACUGCGCGCAGCGAAAUAUUUAACCUUCAUAAUCGUCUAAAUUUUCUCUGCGCGCAGCUACCAGCCUGGCAGGCCGCUACUUAAUUAAACUCCGUAAUUUUUCGUUUAAAUCUGCUGGGCAUUUUUUAUAUAUACAGCUUAUUUUCUGAUGUAAAAACCACAGCAGAUUUAGACAGACAAUUAAGGAGAUUAAUUGAGUAGCUGCCUGCCAAGGUGGUAGCUGCGCGCAGCGAAAUAUUUAACCUUCGAAGGAUAUCGUCAAUUUUUUUCUCUGCGCGCAGCUACCAGUCUGGCAGGCCGCUACUCAAUUAAACUCCGUAAUUUUUUGUUUAAAUCUGCCGGGCAUUUUUUAUAUAUACAUCUUAUUUUCUGAUGUAAAAACCACAGCAGAUUUAGACAGAAAAUGAGUUAAAUUGAGUAGCUGCCUCCCAGACCGGUAGCUGCUCGCAGCAAAAAAUUUGACGAUACCAUUUAAAGGUAAAAAAUUUUUAAAAAGUCGAGGGGGUACUGGCUGAGAAUGCUCUUGAUAAUUAAUUAAAAUUUUUGGAUAAUUAUGUUGAUAUUUAUUUAAUCAGUUUCUGUGAUAAACGCGACUAAAGGCUCUAGAUUUUAUUAUUCUUUAGCUAUGACAUUUUUCUUAAAUUAGAUUUUAUUUUAAGAUACGUAAAGUUAUCAUGUAAAUAUUUAAAUAUUUAAUUAUUUAUUGUAAUGAAAAAUUACGUGAUUUAAAAUUUUUGAAAAACGCUCUCUUUGCUCGGAAAAAAUUACAAAAGUAUGAUAAUAUAUAUAAAAUAUAUAUAUAUAAUUGUCAUAUGGUAGAAUUUAUGAUCGGGAUUUAAAAAUUCGCGGUAUUUUUAAAAUCGUUAACUGGAGAUUAAUGAGAAAUUAUUAAACGGUAUUUAAUUAGUAAUUAAGUUUGAAUUUAAUUAAUUUCACGUAAGCGAGAACAUGUUUAAUUAAACAAUUACAACGAACAAAUAUUUAUAAAAAUAUAACUAUUGCUAGCAAUUGUUUUACUUUAAUUUGCCGGCGGUUUCUUAAAAGUAUUUUACUCUCAUUAUUUAUUGCGUUAAUUAAUCGAUUUAAUUAGACUACUGUUUUAGUAAUCGAUAUUAAAUUAAGCGGAAUGUUGGCUGAUUAUUUAGUAAAAUAGUAAAGAAACCUGUAUUUUUUAUAACGUAUUUUUUUUUAUCAUUAUUUGAGAUUAAGAAUGAAUAAGUAAGCGUAUGUUAUUAUUAUUAUUAUUAGCCAAUUGUAUCACCAAAAAUAUAUUUCGCAUAAUUGAUAAUGAAAAAAUUCAACUUUAGUUUUUUAAAAGUUAAAUUUAAAACAAAAUGUUAUAAGA